GUUAUGAAAUGAUCUUCAUUGGUAGCAUAACUACUUCAUAGUGAAACUCAUUGUAAAAAGUAUUGAAGGGACUUAUAUUGAAAAUUACACUUAUUUUUUAUAAAUUGAUUUCCAGAUGCCGGAACACACUGUUACAUCAGAAAUAUAUGAAGAGUUUAAUUACAAAACAGAUACAAAACCGAGCAAAGCUGGAAAUGUCAUAUCCGAGUUUCCCUUUUUAUUACCCAAAGAAAGCAGUAACUGUAAGUUUGACAAAGAUGAUGAUUUGGAUAUAGAAAGGCCACAGAAAGAAGUUAUCAAAAUAGAACACAGUUCAAAAACUAAGAUAUCAUUGGUUGGGCUGCAAGUGUGGCGUGGGGCAUUCUUGCUCGGAGAUCUGUUAAUACACCUGGGUCAUACUGGAGCCCUAUCAGGGAAGACUGUAAUGGAACUCGGCGCAGGCACUGGUAUAUCGAGUUUCGUAGCUGCCAUAUAUGCUAAGAAAAUUAUUUGUACAGAUAUAGAUGUAGGAGGUAUCUUAGAACUUAUUAAAUUAAAUGCAAAAUAUAAUUCAAAGCUGAUAAAAUCACAAUUUAAAGUGAUGCCGCUAGACUUUACCAAUAUAGAUUGGGAUCGAGCUUUGCUGGAUGAAAUAAAAAGGACUGAUAUCAUAAUAGCAGCUGACGUGAUCUACGACGACGAUGUGACAGCGGCAUUCAUAUCUACCGUACAGAAGUUACUCAAAACGAAGCCACCGAAGACGUUAUAUAUGGUGUUAGAAAAGCGUUACGUUUUCACCAUAGAACACAUGGACUCAGUCGCGCCUUGCUAUGAAACAUUCCUAACAUUAUUGGACAAGUUGAAGACAGAUUUGACGCUGGAACAACUACCUCUCGACUUUCCCAAAUAUUUCACUUACGAUCGUGUCAAAGAUUUAGUUUUGUGGAAGAUAACAUCGAAACAAAAAAGUUGAUAAUAAUUACUGUGAUAUUAUAAUUUUUCUAAGCAA